AUGGCCUCCCCCUCCCCCACGCCCCCCUCCCUCUCCCCCACCCCGCACCCACACGCCCCGCAAAGCAAACGCGACAAGCGCCGCCACGCGCUCAGCGAGAAGCUUACCACGCUCACCACCUCCUUCCACAACCCGGCGAACCCGCGGGCGCGCGACGCCCACUACCGCGCCCAGCUCGCCGCCCUCACCGCCGACAUCCAGCUCAUCACGCGAUGCGACGCCUCGGGCCGCGACAUGCGCCCGCUCGACGACAGCAGCGACGCCAUACAUCGGGAGGUCGAGGACGCGCUGGCGGGCAUGGGCUUUGCGGACCAGGGUGUCGUGAGUGGGGCGGGCAGGUGGUAUGGCGACUUUUUGGAGAAGGUGAAUCAGGGCAUGGAGGAGAGGGAUGCGCAGUUGACGCUGCUGUAUAACCAAUACAACCACAAAUCCCUCUCCCUCGUCGCGCACCACACCCGCAGCAUCAUCCACGCGCGCGAAGAACACAAGUCCCUCAGCGCCACCAUCCAGCAACGCCUCAUGGCCCGCCUCAAAACACAGCUCAAGAAGCUCGCGGCCGAGAAGGAGUCCAACAGCAGCACGACCCUCUCCUCGCUCUCGUCCCUCUCCACAUCCGCCUACACAGACCUCACCGAGACCAACGCGCUGCUCCUGCACCCCUCGCAGUUUGGCCUCGCACCAUCAAUCAUCGGCUCGCCGCGCCGCAGCACACAGGCAAACCACCACCACCACCACCACCAGCCCUCGCAGCAGCAGCACACGCCCGACGACGCGCCGCCGCGGAAGCCACGCCGCCGUGCGGGCGAGGUGGAGGAGCUCCUGUCGUUCGGGGUGGGGAUUAACUUUGACCCGCCGAGCACGGCGUCGAAGCGGAAGCGCACGACGCGCACGCUGCCGCCGGCGGACGACCUGCCGAUGUUGGCGGCGAUGUCGCCGCCGCCGCCGAUGGCGGAGAGCUUGGAGCUUUCUGUGUCUGCGUCGGUGGGAGCAGGAGCAGGAGCAGGAGCAGGAGCAGGAGCAGGAGCGGCGGCGGCGGCAGCGGCGGCGAGUACGGAUAAUCGUAGGAGGAGGGAGGAUCUGAUGCGGCAGGUGUAUACGCCCGUGUACAGCUUUGACAAGCUGUUUACGGAGAAGGAGCUGCAGCUUGCCGGAAACCAGGCGUCGCUCGCGACGGUGCGGUACUUUACGGAGCGGCAGCACACGAGCUAUGGGGAUGCCGAGGACAGCGAUGAGGGUGGUGGUGGGAGUGCGGCCGCGGGAGCGACGGGAGGGGUGGAGGGCGAUGAGGAAGAUGGAGGGGCGGCGGGAGGGUAUCAGGGCGUUGCGACGAGGAGUCGGGAGAUGGAGAGUUUGGUGCUGGGCGGGGUCCCGGGGAUUGGAAUGACGUAUGUUAAUAAGGCGGGGAUUGCGCCGCCGCCGCCGGGGCUGAGGAGUGAGGAUGCGGAGAUGGAUUUGGCGGCGAUGCGGAGGGGGGUGGAGGAGUGGGGAGGGUGGGAGGGGGGGGAGAAGAGGAGUGCGGGGGUGGCGGGCAUGGCGGGGGGCGAUGGGGGGAAGAAGGCAAGGAGGGGGUAG